GCGGCUGGAUGGUAUGACGCCUUCUGUGAUCAGGAAUGUCCUGACGGAUUUUACGGCCACUACUGCGGGGAGAGUUGUGGAAACUGUGUUACAGGAACAGUCUGUGAGAAAACGGACGGCAGAUGUUCAGGAUGUGAGGAACCUUGGGUUGGAGACACCUGCAAAAUAAUACCUGCAACAGUGUCAGACGAUCCGGAGAGUUUCACGGUAGUUGUUAAUAAUGAAGCAACGUUUAGUUGCACCGGUCGCGGUGUCCCCGCCCCUACCGUCACCUGGUAUCACGGUGCCGAAGUCAUCACACCCGGGGCUGGGAUCAGUAUAGCCGAUACAGACGGAGGAUUGGUGGGAGAACAACACGUGACCCACAGCACCUUGACCAUUACGUCAGCACGUCGACAAGAUAACGGACAGUACGUCUGUAUCUUGUCUAACGUGGCGGGGAACGAUACGUCACAAGCAGCUACACUUGUCGUGCAAGAACGCCCGGAUGAUGUUACAGUGAACGUCACCGCAGUUAACUCCACAGCUCUACACGUCACGUGGGCAAUAGGAGUAACCGGUAACCUCGACAUCAUCGACUCCCAAGUACGCUACAAAAGGAGCGGCGCGGCGUCCUGGUCAGACUGGGCGUCAACUGGAGUUUCCGAUGUGAACGGCGAGGUCUACAUCUACAGCUUACGGUCGGGUGUCCAGUAUCACGUCCAAGUCCGGGCGUACUCCCUGGGAUGGAGCACUCCUGGCACUGGGGCGGGAACCACAGACGACGCACCUCCUGGUUCUCCUCAGAACUUGCAAGCCGCACCAACCUCCCACAGCUCUGUCCACCUGACGUGGGAACCUCCGAUAGAACCCAGCGGUGAGAUCCUCAACUACACAGUUCGAUACGGACCGUCCGAGUCGUGUCGUGAAGCUGAGUCUCCCCAUCAAGUUACCACGUCAGGCGGCAGCACCACUACCGUUAUCGGAGACCUGGUUCCGUACACAGACUACACAUUCCGGGUGCGGGGGGCGACAAGUGCAGGAGGAGGAGACUUCAGCGACUGUAGAGUCACAAGGACACUGGAAUACUACCCAGCAGCCCCAGUUGUCCAGACGUUUGCAGACCAGCACGACUGUAACUGCCGGACGCCAAACCUCCCCCGGCCGGUCCAGCUGCGUGUAGCCUGGCGGCGCCCUGACCACAUCCACGGUCAGCUGCAGGCGUACCGAGUCAGCCUGUACAACAGAACCGGCGGGGAACCGUUCUACCAGGAGAACAUGACGUCAGGACUGCAGCAGGAGAACCUGACAGCUGUGAUUACAUCACCACACCUGCAGCCCGCUAGGAACUACUCUGUCACUGUAUCAGCCAUGAACACCUUAUACCGUGGAAACGAGAGCCAUCCAUUCAUGACCCGUACGAGUGACGGAUGUCCAGAUGCCCCGACUGUGACAAGACUGGCAAACAGUGAAUGUGGAGUGAACUGGACAGCUCCUACAGUAACUAGAGGGAGGCUGACAGGAUACAAUGUUAUAUAUGUAGACACGCCACUUCAUAAUCCGGACGGGUCUGAACCCGGCAUCAGCCGUGACCCGUUGGGUUUGGAUGAACAACAGUGGUCCAAGUCACUGGCUGAGCUCCCCGCCAACUCCUUGGUCCGAGUCACGGUCCGGGCGGUAACCUGCGCAGAGGGAGACAAGGGGGAGGAGGUCACCUGUCAAGUCUCAAGAGUUGGUAAGAAAUAG